UUGGGGGAUAUACAUCCUCCCUGGUUCCUAUACCGCUGACCUCAUCUAAAGAACUUGGGGUGAGAUGAUUCUGGUGUGCCUCAGUGUACACCGCCAUCUAGCGGACAGCAACGAACGCUACUGCUUCCGGUUCCUGCUCGAAAUCCACCGGCCAGGUUUUUUAUGUCGCUUGUACUUUUCGUGUUUAUAAACACUGAACCUGUGGACUGGCUGCAGAUGCUAUGACGUCGUCGCCAAAUCUCACGAAAACAUCGUCGCUCUAAGGAUUUUGACUUUGAUGGCGAGACGGAAGUAUCGGGAUAAGUGAAAAGCGUCGGCGUGUGAAAAAGAAAUCACAGCUAAAUUUCGUUUUACCUUGUCAUUAGGCUAGUGCCACAUGUAACGCACGUGUCGCCUCGUUCCGGGAACUGCUUGACUGUUAACUCCUUGCUGUACCCCUUCUUGGUAAUUCGGUUAGUCGGGUAUUUAAAUAUAUCUUGGCGAAAGUCUGUCCUUGACAUCACGAUUUCUAGCCGUCGGGAAUCUUGCGAUAAAAGCACCUGCAUCAGGAUGUUCAGCAAGUGAGCAUCGGCUGAAGUUGCAGGGCAAUACAAACCUGCCUUGAUCUAUCUUAAGUUAUUGAUCUCGAACAGGUGCCAUCGGAUACCUUAAAAAAGACCAAUCGGUUUUAUCAGACAAUUUCCUUUUUAUAUUUCUGCCACUGUCGCAGCUAAUUAAAAGUAUUAAUAAUAAAGAAAAAAAGUUACGCUUUUGGAGGGAUCCCACAAUGCAGGGCUCCGUGACCCUCUGAGCCGAGCAGCAGAUAUCGUAACGUCCCAGCAGUGAGCCCCGACUCCGGGCGCUCCGGCACGCGUGUUUGCGGCAGCCCGGCCCAUGCGGCGGCUAGCUGUUCCCACCGAGACGGCUGCAGUUCCCGGUGUAUUUUCGGAGUAGAAGAUGGCCGAUUUCGAGGAGGAUACCGGAGCUCGGGCUCUGCUGGCCCUGAAGUCCGCCCCCCGCAGCCCCAUGCCGGUCUCGGCUGCGAUCCUGCCGCCGGCCUUGGCGCGCCUGGAGGGCAGGGACCUGGAGUUCGCCAUGCGCCACAAAGUGAUCACCGUGGGCCGCAACUCGUCGCACGGCUCCGUGGACGUCAGCAUGGGCCACUCGAGCUUCAUCUCCAGGCGGCAUUUCCAGAUCACCUUCGAGGAUCCCUUUUUCUACCUGCGCUGCCUGGGCAAGAACGGCGUUUUCGUGGACGGCGUCUUCCAGCGGAGGGGGGCGCCUCCCCUGCAGCUGCCACGGGAGUGUACAUUUCGCUUCCCCAGCACGUCAAUCAAGAUUCAGUUCACGGCGCUGUACCACAAAGAGGCCUGCAAGGAGGAGGGGGCGCUGUCCCCUGUAAGGCUGCUCUACCCCCAGAUCUCGCCUCUGAAAAUCAACAUUCCCGACACCGACUUCAGGAGCAUGAUGAGCCCGCUACCCUCUCCAACGGGAACAAUCAGUGUUCCCAAUUCCUGUCCUGCAAGUCCUCGCGGGGCAGGGUCCUCGGGGUACCGGUCUAUGAGGAACAUCACCUCUGAUCUGCAGAUGGUGGCAGAGUUUGCUGCCAAGGCUGUGUCUGAGGAGCAGGCGGACAUGUGCGAAGGCGAUGGCCCCAAGGAUGAGUCCAAGCCACCCUACUCAUACGCACAGCUCAUAGUCCAGGCCAUCUCCUCGGCUCAGGACAGACAGCUAACACUAAGCGGGAUCUACGCCCAUAUCACGAAGCACUACCCCUACUACAGGACUGCCGACAAGGGCUGGCAGAACUCCAUUCGGCACAACCUGUCCCUGAACCGCUAUUUCAUCAAAGUGCCACGGUCGCAGGAGGAGCCGGGCAAAGGCUCCUUCUGGAGGAUCGACCCCACGUCCGAGGACAAGCUGGUGGACCAGGCCUUCCGCAAACGCCGCCAGAGGGGCGUGUCCUGCUUCCGCACCCCCUUCGGCCCCCUGUCGUCCAGGAGCGCCCCCGCCUCCCCCACCCACUCCGGCCUGCUGUCGCCCCACCCGAGCGGCAUGCAGACCCCCGAGGCACUGUCCCGCGAGGGCUCCCCCAGCCCCCACGACCACAACCACGGUCCCAAGCUGGCCGCCGUGCCUGAGUACCGCUACUCGCAGAGCGCCCCAGGCUCUCCCAUCAGUGCCCAGCCGGUCAUCAUGGCCGUCCCGCCACAGCCCUCGGCCAUAGUGGCCAAGCCCCUGGCCUACGUCCCCGCCUCGCUCGUCACCUCCCAGCAGUCCGUGGGCCAUGCCAUGCACGUGGUCCAGCAGGCUCCCACCGUCACCAUGGUCAGGGUGGUGACCACGUCGGCCGGCUCGUCCAAUGGUUACCUCCUUGCAAGUGCCCCUGUGGCAUCUGACCAGCAGGGGGCAGUACAGCACUCUGAAGUGAGCAGAGGUGAUGAGAAGCUGCAAGGGGGCUACACAGCGCCCCCUGCAGGCAGCGGCGUCAUUCAGGCACUGGGGAGCCAGGCUGGCGGUGGCCUGCAAAGCGCCUUCCCGGUGCAGCCGGUGUCCUUGGGUCAGCACCAGCUACCGGUCCGAGCCGUGACCCAAAAUGGCAAACACGUGCUACCUGUUGCCAGUGUGACCAGCAACAUCUACGCUGUCACCAAUCCACUUCAGAUCCUGGCUGCCCAGGCCUCCACCUCCUCCCCGGUCACCUUGAACAGGCCGCCCAGUGUUGAAGCCAGAGAGCUGGAAACAGUGCCAGGCGAGCCCCAGGCCAAGAGGCCUAGAGCAGAAGAUGAUAAGAUGGCUUCGGUGCCUCAGCCGGUCAUUGUGAUGAACCAGGAUGCCAGCAAAUAAAAAAAAUAAUAAAUAACAGGAGAGACAACUCUCAGGAUCCUUUAAAUCUCUCCCCCUACCCCCCUUUCUAUACACCGAGGUGUCAAACCAUUAAGGGGUUGGGAAAGACUCUCUUAAUACGAACAUAACUUCCUUAGCUGAAGAUACCAGUGGUGAUGCAGGUUUGAUAGUUUCAUAGGAAGAUGUUUGAGCCGAAGGUUGUGGACUCGUCAUGCCUUAAAAAACACACACACGCACCCUGCUGUUCACAACUGGCAGUAAAAGCAGCCCUUUGGACCAAGAGAAAAGCAUUUUUACCUGCAAGUUCUCUGAAAAAACAUUGGAGUAGGGUUAGGGUGGGACCAAAACCACACGGCGUUCAGACUCUGAAAUGAAAGCAUUAAUUAUAGAGACAGGGAGACACCAAAGCAAAGCAAGGACCCGUGUGACCACCAUGAUGCACAAGCUGGUAUUCUGUGUGAAACAGACUUUGAUUUGUUACAUUUUAAUAGAAAAGUACGUCCAGAGUGACCACUAGGCUUUGAGAGACUCCUAGAUGCGAGGAGGUCUGCAUGCAGCAGAUCUUUCAGAAACAAUCACCAAAUGUAGAGCCACCUGCUUUAAAAUGUCACCAUCUGGUGACCCUUGCUCGUCCCAUAGCACAAGAUGGAGUCCGCUGAAUGAAUGCCUUUUGGUUUUGCCCUUUCUUCCACGGAAGGCAUAUUUACUGCCAUGCCUUUGUUCAGUAUUUGAAAUGCAGAUGAAGGCAGGAUUUUUUUUUUAAGUGGUAGGCAAGGGGUGUGGUUUGUAAAAUAAGUUUAUAAGAAUCUUAAAUGCAGGAGUUCACACGUCAGCGUGAGGGUACUUAUGCAGAGGAGGGGGAUUUGUGAAGGUUUUUUUUUUUUUUUUUUAAAUCAUGCCUUGCAGAUCACAUCCCCAAAUCUGACAACACAUUUAAAUAAUCACAGCAGUGUGUAAUACUCAUGUAGACGUAUAUGUCUGAAAUGGUUUCAAAUGCAAUACCUGCUUUGCAUAAGUAUGAAUGUAAUUUACUGCUAUAAGUCUGAAAACUACACCAGACACCGUACUGACAGAACAGGCAAUUUGGGAAGGUUCUCAAUCAGGAUUCAUAAACUAAUUUAAUUUAGAAAACAUCUGAGGAGCUUUGAGUGCCUUUGAGAUUUUUGGGUGUAAAAUCUGUUCUUAAUUCAUGAACAAGCUUCUCUUAAACGUCAUAUAAAUGAAUGUCUGUUUACUCAGCAGUAUUUUAAGGAUAUUACCUCACAAUGCUCUCUGUCCACACAAACCGCUAAACACAGCAUGUCGAUUUGUGUCUAGGCAUGAAAAUAUGCUUUGCUCUGGAACAGCGUUUCCCAACCCAGUCCUAUGGGGCCCACAGGCGGUCCACAUUUUUUAUCCUUCCCAACUCCUGGUAGAGCAUAAACGUGUACUUGUAGGUCCCCAAGGACCGGAUUGGGCAGCCCUGCUCUAAAAUGGUUGGCCUAUCAACGGUGUUGUAUGUUCCAUAAUUCCAUCUCUGAAACAAUCUUUCCUGGUUCCAGGGGUCACAUAGAUUGAUUAAUUUCUGAUUGUCAUGAUUUCAAUGGGAGGACGCCUCAGUGUCUGUGGAGUUUGCUUGUUCUACCCAAAAUUGGUCAGGAGUGUUUGUGUCUCUGAAUUACCCAUAGUGUCUGUGUGUCUGUGCAUGUUUGAACCUUGUAUUGGCUUGGCUUCUCGUUCAAGGUGUCCCCUGGCUCUAGACCUGCGCUUAUCUUUUAUUUUUUAUGCUCCAAGUCUGCUAUGUUGAAUGAAUGGUUUCUAAGGAGACACCUGUGCUGUCAUAGAAAUACUGAUGAUUGGGGGAAAAAUUAGUAUAUAGAUGUAAUGAUUUUUGUUUUGGUAGCUUUCCUUAGUAAGUAGAUGUCAGGGGGCUUUACAGCUGAGCACAUAAUUAUCUGAACAUGUUUGCUACCUACUGUGAUGCUUUUAUAACAAAGAACGCAUCAGUAAUGUGGGUAUGCCCAUUGAACUUGUAUCUGUAAAGAAGCAUAAGGGUGACUGUGAAAAUGCACAUUUGCACUCGGCUCUCGGCAUGGUUCCAGCUCCAUUCGCCUCCGGUCCUCUUUGGCCUCUGCCAGUCUUUCCAUCUUAGCAGCCUUUAAAUACUGGUCAGGUUUUCACCUGGAGUUUUCUUGUCUGUUUUACAUUAAACUCAUUGCUGUUAAGUAGAACAAUAGCUAUCCUAAUUUUUUUAAAGAUGUUAUUUGUGAUUUGUUUGUAUUCAUAAAAUAGCUGCCUACUUACUGAUCUGGUUGGCUGGUUAUUCCACUUAGGGAACUGAUGACCAGCCAGUCAUUGUAAUGCAACUCAUCAUCAUUCCACAACAAAUACUGUUGGAGGUGAUUGUCGUGUGCAAAUCUGUGCUUUCCUGUCCUGUGUCAUUUCGGCCUUCAAUCCUGCCAGAUCAUUCAUCCUCAUAGUUGUUCGCUGAUGUUUUGUUCGGCCAGGUUCUGUCACUAAAAUUUGAUUUAAGACGCUUUCUGCAUAGACCCCAUCGUUUAACGCUUUGUGCCUCUGCUCAGGAGCAUUGUGUAGUGAAAUCAUCCGGAUCUCAUCCUGCAAAAAGUAUAUCAUUUCCAGUAGGGUUUUAAUAUUUUUCAUUUUAAAACUUUACAGUAGCACCUGAUUCUGAGUGGGCUUCUAACCUCCAUGUAAUAUUAAAGUACAGGAUUACAAACGGUAUCUACAUGAGUUGGAGACAUCCUCAGUAUCAAUAUUUCAGUUUUAUUUAAUAUGGCUUUUGUAUUGUUUUCCUGGAUUAUUCCAACCUGGAAUCAUGGUGAUUUUGUUUGGGAUUAUUGGGAAGUUUUGGGAACUUAAUAUAUUAUUCUGUUUUUUUCUUUGUAUAUCAGGUAAGUAAAAGGUUGUAGAGUAGAUAAAAAAAUAAAUAAAAAAAAAUCCAUAGUGUUCCCUCAAAGUGUGUGACUGUAUUAGGACUGUUUAGAUAUACUUGAAUCUGAAAUUUAAUUAAAUAUCCCUAUUACUAUAAAUAGCUAAUGGAAAAUAUGCAAAAUUUGUUAUGUUAAAAAUUCACAUCUGAGACAUGCAACAUAUUUAAAACUGGAAUACAGCUGUUCACCAGUUACAUUACGGUGUGUUUUUAAGUGCUAGCUUUUAAUAAAUGUUCACAAUCUUGCACCUUGAAACAGGCUUGAUGGUUCCACAGUGGUUUUUGAAUCGUCCAGAAUCCCCUAAAAUUUUCAUUACUAUUUAUUUUGCAAACUGCGUUAAUGAGUCCCAAAGUCUGGCCACCAGUUUGCUUACAGUCACAGGAAACGUGAGCUUUGCAUAUGCCACUGUGAACCCACAGGAGGAGGUAAGAUUCGCAUUAGGUUACUCAUAGUCGCCUUCACCUUUCUCCUUGUUUUUCCUGUUGCUGUCAGGCCCUGUGUCACCAACAGUCAUGGUUUUAUUGUGAAUCUAAAAGGAAGUUUACUCUGUGUCGGCAUGUGGAUGUGAAACAAAACCCAACUUCUGAAGUGCCUGAAUGGGACAAUGUCUUUAUAUCAAGGAAAAGUUAAACCAAAGCACUAACCCAUACGUUUUAACUUCUUAAUAAAUGCACAUUGUGAACAUAA